GUUUGUACUAUCUUGCAUACUUGAGGCUCUGUAAAAUAGUCACGCGACUAGCAUACAGCCUGAACGGUCGUGUACGUCCAAUGGUCAUCAGGUGAGUACAUUUUGGUUCGAUGCCCUCAUUCUACCAAGGAUCAUCUCUUCUGCCGUAGUCGACGCCACUACAUACUUGGCGUUGUUUACUCCUCCUUCUCAGAUGAGUGGUCCUUGGUCCUGCGCUUGCCAACCUCAGCAUGUCGAAACGCGAUUAGAAGCCAUGUCGUGUCAGACAACAGCAUCACUUUACAAGGUGGUCAUGAGAAUGCAGCCUUGCCCCACGAAGAGCAUCCCAUCCCUUCAAUCAUAACCCCUCCUCGAAGAACCCAUAUUUGUAUCAACGAGCCGCGCAUUCGCUGCUACUACGUCUGAUCUUCCAUCUUGUCACUCAUCUUCGUCAUACCCACAACCAUGGGUAACAUAGGCAACGAGAACCGGGCUUACAAACCUCACAACAGUCCAAACACCGUUGGCGCGGGCUCCAGUCCGACGGCUAACCGCAUACAUCUCGAUCUGCCAACUUCAAACGGCGACUCAGCACCCAUGCUUCGGAAAGCAGCAGGAAGAAUCCCGCACAUCGGUAUUGUAGGUGCUGGCGUAGCUGGCCUACGGUGCGCAGACGUGCUACUCAAGCAUGGUGCUAAAGUAACGAUCUUUGAGGGCCGGAAUCGAGUUGGUGGGCGGUUCUGCCAGGGGAAGGUAGGCGAGCAUUUAGUCGACCUCGGCCCCAACUGGAUUCACGGGACAGACAAUAACCCUAUUCUCGACCUCGCCAAUGAAACGAACACAACGACUAUGAACUGGGAUGCAGAGAACACGGAGCUUGUAUGGUCCAUCAUCGAACAGGCGAUGAAACAUUCCAACGCAGAGUGCGCUACAAUAGACCUAGAGAAGAGCCUGUACAACUUCUUUGAAGAAGCGGUGGGGAAGCUGUACACCGACGUGAAAGAGGAUGAAGCGAAGAAGAAGAAGAGAGAGACGAUUUUGCAGAUGUCAGAGAUGUGGGGCGCAUUUGUGGGAAGUGAGAUUCAAAAGCAGAGCCUGAAGUUCUUCUGGAUGGAAGAGUGUAUUGAUGGAGAGAACCUAUUCGUUGCAGGGACCUACAAGAAGGUGCUGGAGAAGAUUGCUGAGCCCGUCGAAGAAGCAAGCAUUCAUUAUCAGCACAGGGUGAAGAAGCUGAUUUCGAAUUCGAGUGGCGAAGGUGAAGAUCCGUCAGUGACUAUAGAGUUUGAAGGCUCUCGGGGUGUGCAAAGAGAGACGUUCGAUGAGGUCGUUAUGACGGCGCCACUGGGCUGGCUAAAGACGAAUUUGGACGCAUUUGAGCCGGCGUUACCGCAGAGAUUACAGGAAGGCAUUGGAGCGAUUGGGUACGGACACCUGGAUAAGGUUUACAUCACCUUCCCCACGGCUUUUUGGAACACAUCCACCUCCAGCACCGAUGCCUCCAAUUCGCAGCCUGCGCCGACUUCUACAACUUCACCAAUAAUACCCAACGUCCCAGCAACAACCGUCCCCAUCCACCAACUCGGCGCCGCCGACUCCCCCGUCGAUCCGUCGCACUACGCCGGCUUCACCUCCUUCAUCGCGCCCUCAUACGCCUCGUCCACCAACCCCUCGCACUGGAAUCAAGAAGCCGUCAAUCUCGCUGCUUUACCUGGUCCCACUGCCCAUCCUACCCUGCUCUUCUACACUUACGGCCCAACGUCACACCACAUCGGCAAUCUAAUCGCCACGUCUCGCGAUGCGGCAGAGGAAAAGCAGCGAUUGACGGAGUUCUUCAAGCCGUACUACUCAAGACUACCAAACUAUGAUCAUACGAACGAUGAUCAUCAGCCUGCACACCUCCUCGCUACUGCGUGGGUCAAUGAUGAGCUUGCAGGCUUUGGGGCGUAUGCGAACUUUCAGGUUGGAUUGGAAAGGGGUGAUGAGGAUGUUGAGGUUAUGAGGAGAGGUGUGCCAGAGAGGGGGUUGUGGUUGGCGGGGGAGCAUACGGCGCCUUUUGUUGCGCUUGGUACGGUGACUGGGGCUUGGUGGAGUGGGGAUGGGGUUGCGAAACGGAUUUGUAGCGCAUGGAAGCUGAAAGAGGGGAAGAGAGCGUAGAAAGAGAACACAGGAAGAAAUGAUAGAGUGUUGGGUAGUGAGUUAGUACGCUCUUGCUUGUGGUCGUAUUUUUUUGGAAAUCUCGGAAUACAGUUGUAUGUGGCAGAUCCAUUUUUUACAGUCUACCACCAUCUAUAGAGAUGAGAUGCUCGCCAAGCUACAAAGUUGUCCUUCACGACCCACCAUGAGAGGCGUUACUACAACCAGUCCCUUAG